CGAGAUCUGGGCAGAGGUAACCGUGGAGACGGGCGGGCGUCGCUCCCCGGGCCCGGCGCAGGGACAGGGCGGGAUCGGGGUGUCGCGAUAGUCGGCGACAGCCCGCCGGGGAUGGCAGGGGUGGCGCUCUGUGAGCCCCGACACCUCUACAACAUCAUCAACCAGUGCCGGCGGUUCCCGCGGCUGGCGGAGCCCAACUACCUGUGCCUGCUGGAUGCCCGUACUCAGCGUGAAUUCGACGAGAGCCACAUUGUUACAGCCCGCAGGAUUGAACGGAGUCCUAGAGGGGAGUAUCUGAUCCCGAGUGCAGAGGAGUUGGGCUAUGUCAGACACUGUGUGGUGUAUGACUACAACACCAGCGUUUUGAGCUGCUGUGACUAUGAUGAAGAGGAGAAAGAAACAGGGAGCAGUGCUGCUUCAGGGACCGGAAACAGUGGCUUGAGUCCCGUGCAUUCCCAGAAUACUCAGGAAGGAGCUGCAUUCCUCCACGCCAGAAACUUUCAGGAGUUCACCCGCCACCACGUGCUCGUCCUGAAGGGAGGGUACAGGCAUUUUUCAGCUUGUUUUCCUUUUCUGGGGACUCAGAAGACACUGUGGAUGCCUCAGGAACUAGACAACUUCCAGCCAUACCCUGUAGAAAUACUGCCUUUAAAGUUAUAUAUGGGCAAUUUCAAGCAGGCCUGUGACCAAAAAAUUCAGAAAGAUCUGAGGAUCAAAGCACUAGUCAAUGUCUCUGAACAGCCUGGAACACUGUUUGCAGAAGAUGGUGAAUCCCUCCAUAUAUCUGUUCCAGAUUCACUCGAAGCAGAUCUUUUUUCUUUCUUUCCCAUCAUUUCUCAUUUCAUAGAUGCUCAGAUGGAUGUUGGAGCAGUGCUGGUGUUCUCCAGCCUGGGGAUAAGCCGGAGCAGCACAGCCAUCAUUGCCUAUCUCAUGCAUUCCUGCCGGCUUUCCCUGAAGGGCUAUAAAACUAAAGCUGUGGUUAAGAGAACAUGGUAUUUCUCUCCUGGAUCUGAGAAAGAGAGUGGAAGCUACUCCAGGGAGCUUGGGAUUACCUCCUGAAGUGCAAACCGAGCAUGAGACCCCACCGGGGUUUUGUGGAACAGCUCUCGGCCUGGGAGAGCCAAAUGUACGGGACCAACAUCACAGACAUCUCUGAGCCAAACUACUGACAGGGGAAAGGCACUCCCUUCCACACCACCAAGAAAAUGACUUGAACGCUGUUUGAGAAAGACCUCAGUGGAAAAGCUUUCCUCCUUAGCUCCAUGUUACUUUGGGUCAACUUCUGGAGCCUCCUGGAGAACUCACCUGUGCUGUAGAAGGUGUGGCAGUUUGGGGAAUGCAAGUGCUGCAGGAUGAGACCCAUUACAGGCUGUUUGUCUCUUUAGUAAGCAAAGGAGACUAUAACCAUAGUAGGGUUAUCUCUGGAAAGGUUCCUUAUCCAUAGCCUGGAAUGACAAAUUUAGAGUCUGACUGUGGCCACUUCCAGCCUGGAGAGGUGACAACAGAAUUUCUGUGAUUCAGAAGUCCCUGCAGCCUGCGAGUGCCUUCUUAGCUACCCACAGACUCACUGGUUGAAUUGUUCAGACCAUCCUUCCCACUUGCCACCUUCUAAUCCAACAACCAAACCUCUUGGCACAGCUGGUAGUUUUGAAGCCUCAAUCCUGCUACACGAAACCUAAACUCAGCGUCGCCCUCUCUCUUACCUCACUGUGAAUUCUGCUCAUUGACAUCCCAAAAUAAAAACAUUCCAGAAAACA